AUUUAUUCAAUGUUAAUGAUUUGCACUAGUGUGACAAGACUUUAGUUUUAACAGACAAUACAAAACUGUUCAAAAUGAAUGUGAUGCUACUACGAGGUGUUGUAGUGGUGACUAUAGCGCUGGUUGUCGCGAUCGUGGCUGCUGCCCUGCCAUACUGGUGGACCACUAGCCCCUUUGCUGGAACAGAUGGUAUUUCUUCUGAUGUCGGUUUAUUCAAAACGUGCUCAGAAAUCAAACUGUCGGCGCACAUCAAAACUGGUUCAAAGUCGUGCACAGAAAAUACAGAUGCCGCUAGUUGGUUACGUGGCGUACAAGCUUGUGUGGUUAUAUCAAUUAUACUUGUGGCAGUCAGUUUAGCUCUGGCAGCAAUUUACUACUGUAUCUUCACCAAUAUACCAGUACUGGCAUUGGUAAUAGCGACCUUGAACUUUAUAGCCGGAUCAUUACUUGAAAUAGGAGCCAUCGUAUUUUUGGUGAUGAUUUUGAAAGAAGCUGGAUUUAGAUUUGGCGUCGGGAUACCACAUGUGUCGUUCUAUCUUGCACUCGUCGCUGGUGGAAUGUUGACUUCCGGUGGUAGGAUAUUGUACAAGAGUCGUCUUCAGAAUGCAGUCGGGCAAGCGUUGACAACCCCGAGAGAUACGACAUUUGCUUUAACAGCAGUGAACACUCAGUCGCAUUCAACACCUGGAAACUUUAAUUUGGCCAUGGGAACAAAUGUACCAGGGCAUGCAGUUGAAGAAUAUUGGAGAGGUGGAGGUUCCGAGGGAGCAUACCCGAUUAUACACACACGCCCCGCGCAUGUCAAACAAAAUCACUACAUGAACAUGAACGGAACAAAUGAAAUUUGACAACACAUUGAAUAACAAAGUACGCAACAGUUUAUCUAUAAAAUGUACACUUGAUAUGUACACUUGAUCGUUAAACAUGCGAAAUGCAACGUAAUAUGAACUUGUAUUUGCUAAUAUAUGUAAAGGCUG